AUGAAGCAGAAACUAUCUGGCUUAGAGGAAUACUUUCUUUAUAGAAGUAAAUUGAAUUUGCACUCGUGCUUUUACGUUGGCAUCAAGCUCAACGAGCUACCUCAGAAGCACCAGCUGAUAUCUGCUCUUAAAUAUGCUGUGAUUGAACAUGAACGUUUGAGUUGCAACGUGUUUUGCGAGAAAUCAGGCAAUGAGGUUUACUUGAAAAGUAUUACCGAACCGUUUCUAUUUGACGAUAUAGCGGAAUACCACCACGAUUGGGAUCAACUGAAACAAAACGAAAUUAAUUGCAUAUUCCAAACGUAUAACUUUACCUAUAACGUGGCUACACCUUUAUGGAAAAUUCUGAUCAUUCCAAGUCAAAAUGAAAUGCUACUGGUGACAGACCAUGUUCUCAUGGAUGGGAUAUCUGCUGUCCAUGUUUGGGAAACGUUCAUGGAGGGAUUGCGAGAAGAAGCGUCAAUCGAGCAUGACGAAACAAUUUAUUCACCCCUGUUUAGCUCAUCGACUGACUUGAUUUCAGCUUCGCCGUUUGAAAACUGGCCCAUACCUUGGAGUUGGCGUAUAAUACGCCAACUGGCCAGUAGCCUGUACUAUUUGUCCCCUAAAACCAUUGUAACAAACAAUAAGAAUCUAAUCCAGUUCGCCAACUAUUCGUUUCCGGAAAAUUUCCUGGAAUACGAGCCAACUGGAGAUACUGGCCUAUAUAAAGUGAGGAACACUAACCAUCAAUGGGAAUUUCGAUUGUUACCGGCACAUCUCAAAAACGUGUUAAGUGAGUGCAAGGCCCAUAACGUUUCCUUAACGUCCUUUUUGGGUGCCUUGGUGUGUUUAAGUUUCGAAAAAACAGCUAGGGAAGUUUAUAAGGGAACGUAUUUGAAGAUGGAUUUACCAAUGAACACAAGAAAAAUCUGUAGAAAAACCUUACAAUUUUUAUCAGAUGAAGAACUCGUUAUAGGAAACUUCGUUGCGCCCAUCGAAUACAAGCAUAAGCUGCACCAGGACCUUGGAUUGUGGGAUACCGCUUCUGAAAUUCAAGAAGCAGUAAAAUACAGUUCUAAGGACAAAGUUAUAGAUACAAUGAAUAACGUCAAGUUGUUAGAGGUUGUCUCUCCUCAACAGUUCAUAAAAGAUAAAAUAAAUUUGAACAGUGGGCCUUCUUCUACUUUUGAAAUAACAAAUUUAGGGCUCCAAGCAUUCAAGGAUGCGUGCAACACCGAUCUGCCGUUUCAUGUCGUAGACGCUAUAUUCAACGAGCCACAAGGUAUGUCUGAUAUUUUCACAUUAAGUGUAAUUUCCACUCCUGCUGGUGGGCUGCAUUGUUGUGUAAGUUACCCAAACACGCUUGUCGAAGAAUUGAAGCCUAAUUGGCAAUAUAUAAAAGAACACCUACAUCUAUACUAA